AUGCCCGAGGAAACUCCACAGGAAAUAUACGACGCAGUCAUUUUGGGGACAGGCGUAAAAGAGUCUAUUCUGGCCGGGCUUCUUUCAGCGGCAGGCGCUAAAAUACUGCAAAUGGACGCCUCCUCUGUCUACGGCUCAUCCUCUCGGACCAUCCAGUACGAGGACUUUAUUCGGGAAAUGCAGGCAAAGUUCCCGCACCAGAAACAGUUCAAAAGUGUUUUUGGAGAAAAAGAGGCGUCUAAGCUGUACAUAGACCUCACGCCCAAAAUAUUUCUGGCAGACGAAGGCCUUAUAAAAAUAAUAGCAGAGCACAAUCUGGCGCACUGCAUCGAGUUUUCCAUUAUAUCCGAGCAGUACAUCGUGAAAGAAGACAGCAGCAGCAUUCUGAUACCAACCACAAAGACGUCGGCUCUGACAAGCAACCUCUGCGGCCCGCUGCAGCUCCUUAAACUGCACAAGUUUGUGAACAUGAUCAAGGGCUUCUACAACGCAACAGACAUAGAGAAAAAAGCGAUCUCCUCCCAGUGGAGAAGUGUCCAAGACCUGUACGACUACUACGGAAUAUCCGAGUCUCUGCGCACAAUCAUUGGGCACGGGAUUGCGCUGUACACCUCGAGCAAGUAUCUGCAGGAGGAGCCGGCCGGCUUUAUCAUGCGGCUCACAACGUACUUCCGGAGCGUCUCUCGAAUCAACGGGGAAAAGCAGUCUGGGAACUCCCCCUUUCUGUACCCGAAGUACGGGAUAAGCGAGAUAUCGCAGGGGUUUGCCCGUCUAUCGGCUGUGAAGGGGGGCAUCACCCGAAUGUCCACAGAAAUCACCGGAAUGGAAAGGCGCGAAGCCGGAUACCUCCUGAGCCUGCGCGCUGAUGGCGUGGACGACUAUGUGCACACAAACUUCAUCAUUGCAAAUGACCAGUACUACGCUACAAUCCCAAACUCGCGCAGAAGAGUGCUUCGCACUGCCAGGGGGGUUUUCAUCCUCCGGUCGCUCCCAGACGCAAAGAGCAAGCAGGCCAUGCUGCUGUCUAAGACUCUGCACUCGGACAUAUUCCUGCUUGUUGUGGGGGAGGCAGAGGAGGUCUGCCCCUCCGGCUACUCAAUAGCGUACAUCACGGCGGAGUACAACGGCUCUGAGGAAAGCGCUGCGCAGGCCCACAGCUCUGCCGACCCCACAGAGAUGCUCAGAGAAAUAGCAGCGCCGGCCAUAAACCAGCUGUAUGCUUGGAAGUACUCUAUUAUGCAGCAGUUCCUGUGGAUCGAGGAGGCAGCCGAGGGCCUGGACACCCUUGACCCGCUGGUCACUCCGCUUAAGCCCAUGGACAACACAGUCGACUUCCGGACAGUUCUUGAGGAGGUUCAGAGCGUGUACGAAACGUUCACCCGAAACACUGCUGUCUAG